GUAUCCCGCUGCCCGCGAGAGACUCUUCGGUCAGUGCAGUUCGCUUCACCUCUCCCUCCCCUCCCUUCCCUUCAGCGCAGGCAGGCCCACCCGGUCGCUGGCCAAUCACGACCAUCCCUCCCUUCCUCCCCUUUGGCAGUGCCAUCCCCACAGACUCCUUGCAGUCCGCCCAGUCGUUCUUCCAUUCUUUUCGUUGCCCUCCGUUGCGCCUUUCCGCCGGCCGGAACUGCUUCUCUUAAUCCUUCUGCCUGCCGUCCCUCUUGCCCGCAAUCGUAUACACGCUCGCCAGCCACACUACAGCCCAGGGCUUAGCUUACACAGCAUCGACAGACAGCCCGCCGACCGGUCAUCAGCCUAUCUCCACCUUGCACGGCUCACUCAAUUGGGAAGGCUGUAUACGCACCCAUUCGACCUCACUGCAAGGUCGACCAUUGUUUAAGAGACCCAACUUCUCGUCUUGAUCAUCACCACCACAUCGCCACCAUGCCUUACUCACCAAACCUCGCUGCCGAGAACAAGGCUGCACUGGACCACUUCAUCCAGCUGCCCGUCUCCCAGGACAUGAUCUCUUACCUCGCUUCCAAGGCCGCCCAAGUCAUCCGUUGCGAACCAUCACAUCUCAACAAGAACCUGCCGCCAACCCCACCAGCAUCGCCGCCCCAGCAUGCUGCCAACCCCUACGGCGAACCUGCUCUGCCCUCUCUCGAGGAGUUCAUCACCUCCCUCGUCGAGAGGUCACAUGUUCAGGUCCCCACUCUCAUGUCUUCGCUCGUCUACCUUAGCCGACUCAAGUCUCGCCUUCCUCCGGUUGCUAAGGGCAUGAGGUGUACCGUCCACAGGAUCUUCUUGGCCUCUCUCAUCCUGGCUGCCAAGAACCUCAACGACUCGUCUCCCAAGAACAAGCACUGGGCUAGGUACAGUGCUGUUCGGGGCUACGAGAACUUUGGCUUCUCCAUCACCGAGGUCAACUUGAUGGAGAAGCAGCUCCUCUUCCUUUUGGAUUGGGACCUGCGCAUCAACCCCGAUGACCUCUACUACCAUCUCGAGCCCUUCCUGGCCCCCGUUCGCAUCUGGCAGGCACGACAGGCUGAGAAAGCUAGGGCCGCGGAGCGCGAACAGGAGAUUGCUCGCCAGCAGUACACCUUCACUCCGGAGCACCAGCGAUCUCGUUCGGACUUUUCCAUGCACAGCGCUUCCUCGUACUCUUCAUACUCUCACAUGCGUGCAUACCAAACACCAUCUUCUCGGGCUGCAUCAAGAACACCAUCGCUCUCACCGCCGACCCGCAGUUCAUCCGUGUCCGAGUCAUCAGAUUCGCCCAUGAGCUUCACAGAAGAGCAUGCAGAAGCGAUUGUUCGACGCUACGAUGCAGACCAAGGCGCUACCCUUGUACAUAUCAACGCGCCCGUCACGCAUUCAAAGCUUCAACAUUCUCUGCCACUCUACGACGACAAGGCCACAAAGAAGGCAAAGACGUCGGGUGGCUUCUUCAACAGAAUGUUCGCUGGCGCCUACACCGGGCGACAAGCAGCAUACUAGUACAAUUGCAUUUUCCUUUGUCAUAUCACGAAAAGAUAGCGGGGAUAUGGUUGAUGUGGUACCUACUGGAUGGGAGGCCCUUGAGUAUAUCUUGGAAUAUGAUUUCACACCACCAUUUGCUUAGCAUUGCGACGGCGUAGGGAUUUAAUUUUAGCAUUUAUGUGGUUGCGAAAUGGCCGGCGUGCCGUUGAGAUAUCCAUAGCACACAUAGCAUACGUCCCGCAUUUUGCGCUGACGAUAAUGAAAGAUGACUCCGAACUAU